GGGGGGAGGCGCACACUCAGUUGAGUGGAAAGGAGCCCCGUCCGCUUUCGCUCCGCCACCAGCGCAGAACCCAGUCCUCGGGGGCUUCGCCGGUAGGCCUUACCCACUGCGGCAGAUGCCCCCUGCCCCGGCCGCACCGGACACCGCGCGCGAGGGAGAACGAGCCCGUCCCCACGGAAGGAACCCCAAGCUUCCCUUAAAUUUCCAUGCAGCCCGCCCAGACACUUCCCGACUGAAGGAGCACUAUCCAUAGCGGGCGUUAGUCCUGCCAGGAGGGGUGGCUGGGUGGCGGGAGGCGCGGAGAGCGCAGCGUUGCGAGUCGGGAGCCGGCUGCCCCUGGCCGGGCCCGCCCCUCCCCGCGUGGAGUGUGCGACACCCGGGCUUCCGCGGCGCCCUCUGCCUCCUCCGCACGCCUCCCCUUUAAGCGCGAGGCGCAGUUGGAUUUAUGUCGGCCGAGGCGAGGCGCGACUCCCCUUUAUGGCGGAGUCGGCGGCAGCGGCUCUGACAACCGCGGCGGCGGGGCAAGUAGAGCAGGAGGCAGAGCCUCGGACUGCCGGCCGCUGUCUCCGCAGAGGGGCUGGGGGGGGAGUCCGGCCCUCGCCGCCGCGGGGGCGGAGGAGUGGGCGGGCCCGGGCGGGCUGGGGGCGGGGAGGCCGGGGAAGGCGGGGAGCCCGGUCGCCUGCGCUCGGGUCCGCCUCUGACUGCGGCGCGGCGGGGCGAUGUGUGAUUACCAUGGCGAGGAGUCUCUGUCCGGGGGCCUGGCUAAGGAAACCCUAUUACCUCCAGGCUCGCUUUUCAUAUGUGCGGAUGAAAUAUCUUUUCUUUUCCUGGUUGGUGGUUUUUGUUGGAAGCUGGAUUAUAUAUGUGCAAUACUCUACCUAUACAGAACUAUGCAGAGGAAAGGACUGUAAGAAAAUAAUAUGUGACAAGUACAAGACUGGAGUUAUUGAUGGACCGGCAUGUAAUAGCCUUUGUGUUACAGAGACUCUUUACUUUGGGAAAUGCUUAUCCACCAAGCCCAACAAUCAGAUGUAUUUAGGGAUUUGGGGUAAUCUACCAGGUGUUGUGAAAUGUCAAAUGGAACAAGCACUUCAUCUUGAUUUUGGGACUGAAUUGGAACCAAGGAAAGAAAUAGUGCUAUUUGAUAAGCCAACUAGGGGAACAACUGUACAGAAAUUCAAAGAAAUGGUCUACAGUCUCUUUAAAGCAAAGUUGGGUGACCAAGGAAACCUCUCUGAACUGGUGAAUCUCAUCUUGACGGUGGCUGAUGGAGACAAAGAUGGCCAGGUUUCCUUGGGAGAAGCAAAGUCAGCAUGGGCACUUCUUCAACUAAAUGAAUUUCUUCUCAUGGUGAUACUUCAAGAUAAAGAACAUACCCCCAAAUUAAUGGGAUUCUGUGGUGAUCUCUAUGUGAUGGAAAGUGUUGAAUAUACCUCUCUUUAUGGAAUAAGCCUUCCAUGGGUCAUUGAACUUUUUAUUCCAUCUGGGUUCAGAAGAAGCAUGGAUCAGUUGUUCACACCAUCAUGGCCUAGAAAGGCUAAAAUAGCCAUAGGACUUCUGGAAUUUGUGGAAGAUGUUUUCCACGGCCCGUAUGGAAACUUCCUCAUGUGUGAUAUUAGUGCCAAAAACCUAGGAUAUAAUGAUAAGUAUGAUUUGAAAAUGGUGGACAUGAGAAAAAUCGUGCCAGAGACAAACCUGAAAGAACUUAUAAAGGAUCGCCACUGUGAGUCUGAUUUGGACUGUGUUUAUGGCACGGAUUGUCGAACUACCUGUGAUCAGAGUACAAUGAAGUGUACUUCAGAAGUGAUACAACCAAACUUAGCAAAAGCCUGUCAGUUACUCAAAGACUACCUACUGCGUGGUGCUCCAACUGAAAUUCGUGAAGAAUUGGAAAAGCAACUUUAUUCUUGUAUUGCUCUCAAAGUCACAGCAAAUCAAAUGGAAAUGGAACAUUCUUUGAUACUAAAUAACCUAAAAACGUUACUGUGGAAGAAAAUUUCCUACACAAAUGACUCUUAGUUCAUUUGGACAUCGUGACCAUCAUAGGAAACUUAACAAUUCUAAGGAAAAAUUUUGAGCAUUAAAAAAAUGGCUUCUGACUCAAAUCCUUUCCAGUUAUACGAAACCCCUUUUCCCUGGUUUUAAGAAGCCAUCAUCUUAAGAUACAUAUUGAUUGCUUGAAGGAAUGGCAGGAGGUAUAGGAUGAACUGAUCCAAAGAUUAAUUCCUGCAUUAGAAGCCCUGGUACCUUUCUUCCCAGUACAUUCACUGUGUUAACUAUUUUGACUAAUGACCUAAAAUAAUGCUGUGAAAAGCCUCAUCCCAUAAACAGAAUAUUUCGUAGAUUUUACUUAAGCCAAAAUACCAUUGCUGGAAACAUUGCAAUGAAGCUGCUGUUUAAAAAUAUAUAUAUAUAUAUACGUACACUUACUGAAGUCUUAGCAUGGUAAAGUUUGCACAUUAACAAGAAAUUAAGACUGCAAAGCAGGUAGUUACUCCUUUAUAAACAGAUGUUGGGUUAAUAGCAUGGUUUGUUGUAUUUAUAGACCUAAAAACAUUUGUUACAUGGCUUCAGAAUGUUGAGUGGCUCUUAUUAGCUUAAAAAUAAAAAUCCAUCAGAAAGUGUUCUACUUGGCAAUAUGUAAUUGCCAAGUUUAGAGGCUGAAACUGGAUGAGCUUUCAUCAUCCUUGAUUUGAUGGGUCCUUUAUAGUGUCAAUGAGCAGUCCUUCAAAACUGACUUAAGGCCAUCAACUCAAUCCAAAUCCACAAGUCUGAAUUUGAGCUAUGGGGAAGUGGGACAUUAAGAGGCAGACUCUGAAAUCAUGGGACUUUUUAAUAACAAUUUUCCAUUUUGAACAGUAUUUCCUGUUGGCCAAAGGGCUAUUUCUUAAGAGGCAUGUAAAUUUAUUUUUCCAUGUGAACUU